GAUUAAUGACUUCUGCAGAUUUCUCCUCAUUUUCCAGAAGUCGACUGUGAUUUUUUAUUCCAGUUUAUAUUUUUUGUCAGUAAAUGUCGAAUAAUUUUUAAAAAUCAGAAAUGAGAGACUGAACGCUCCACAUCUGCAUCUUUUUUACCACGUUUCUCAGCUUUUGUGUGCACAGAAUAACACAAUAAACACAAAGUGAUGAAUUAAGGUUGAUAGAAAUAGUUAUAAAGUAUAUUUAGUAUAUUUGUAGUUGUGAGUCUUGAAGUUUGGUGUGAGAAUCAGUCAGAGGUUCAACAAAAAUGAGUUUAUACAAGUCAUGUUAAUGUUAUUUUGUUUUUUUCUUCUGUUAUAUCAACUAAUCUCAUGAGGCAGAUAAUAAAUUCUGAUUUAAUUGCUUAUUUUAGGGGGUAAAAAGGCAACUUUAAUCACUUCUUCACUCUUUAACAGUGUUGUAAAAGGUGUAAAGUCAGCAGAGCUAGAAACCUGAUUUUGCAAACUUUAUUAUCUAAAAUGACAUCAGAGCUCUGCCACAAUAAACUUCACAAAUAAUUUAAUCAUUUUAAAUCACCACAAGCUUUAUAAGCUUUACAAGAAAUAAACAUCAGUGUGUUUCAGCAACAUAUAUCAGUCAGUACUCAUAUAUUUUGGAUAUCAGCUGAUAAAACUGACUAACAGAUAUAUGAGUUGGGCUCUAUAAUAUUAAUUAAUGUUAUAAUGAAUUGUAGUGGAGUAUAAAGUAGCUGAAAAUGUAAAUACUCAAGUACUCAGUUCAGUGUAAUCAGUUACAUCAGUGCAGAGAGACACUCAACAAUUCAUGAUAAACAUUGUUAUCAUGUCAUAUAAACUCAACACAUGUUGUUUUAUUUCUUUUAUUUCUGUAGGAGAAUCAUCUGUAAAUAAAACGGCUAAAUUAUCUUUUAAUUACGAAGCAGACCGAGUUGGUGGACGUGAGCUCAGACGGCGGCAGCUGAUCCGGGACACAUUUUACUGCCUGAAACUCAUCAUCUGUAUUUACAGUGUGGAUGUGACGGCAGAGGAGAUGCAGACACUUUGAGUUGUGAAAACUGAAGGAGGAGGGUGGAGGCAGGAGGAUGUGUGCUUUGAUCUCCAGGAUCAGGGAGUCUGACCCGAGGAGGGACGCCGCCUAUAAAUACAGACGAGCUGUGAUGGGGGGCCAGUCGAGACUCCUCCAGGACCAGGACCAGGACCAGGACACCGCCAGCAGACCUUCACCUCCACUCUGGAUUUACCCUUCAGGACCAAACUUAAGCACUCUGCAGCCAUGAGAGGACACUUUUCUAUCGAGUGGAUGGCCCAGAGCAGCCAGCCGGCCGGGACCGGCACCGGCACCAGCACCGCCUCCGGACCCACCACCUGUGGGACGCACUCCGAGAGUCUGCCGGGCUUUUACUGCAAACCAAAGACUGCUGAGAGUUUACCAGAACAGGAAGAGAGCAGGAGCCAGAACCUGGACGGACACCAGCGCCAGAACUCACACAGCAACAACCAAGCGUCCGAGGUCGGGUUCAGCAGCGGCACCGAGGAGGAGACCUCCGGCUACGAGAGUGAAGGAGGUCACUCCCUCUCCACCGACUGCACCUCCACCUCCUCGCCGGCGUCGCCUCCGUCAGGGAGGAGGCCUCGCACGGCCUUCACGGCGGAGCAGAUCAGCAGCAUGGAGCGGGCGUUCAAGAGGAACGCGUACCUGGGAACACAAGACAAGGCCGAGCUGUGCAAGAAGCUCAGCCUGUCCGACAAACAGAUCAGAAACUGGUUCCAGAACCGGCGGAUGAAGCUGAAGCGGACCGUGCAGGACGCCCUGGCUCACGCCUGUCAGGCGAACGUCGCCUCUCAGCUGAUGCAUUACCCGGAGCUGCAGGCGUACCGGCCGGGUCCGUACCCGAGGUACCACUCGGCAGCAGUAGCGGCAGCCGAGGGCCCGUCUGCUGCCUCCUACGUCCACCCACACGGCCUGCAGUACAGCUCGCCUCUGCCCAGCGUCUCCUCUCUGCCUCUGGACUCUUUCUACCAGUACAGCAGCCUCCCUGGAGUCAUGCUGCCCUCCACCACGCCUCAGCUCAUGGGCUCGUUCCCGUCCUACCAUCAGUACUACUGAUACCAGCCCGGCCCGAUGAGCCUGUGCUGCCACUUUCAUCUUCGCUGUGAGACCAAAUGAGACUGAAUCGACUGAUUAUCGAUCACCUCGUCUUAUCCUAAUAGGAUCGAUGCUGUGAAUCUUGAAUCAGGAACAAACGGGGUGCUGUGCAAUAUAGAUGUGAUCUGUGUGUGUAUCUGAUGUAAAGUUUGGAUUUAUUUAAAUUUGAUUUUUAAGAGAUUGUCGUAAUGUUGCUGUAAAUCAGAUUGUUAAAAUAAAAUCGUUUUUAAAAC